AUGGACUCCUCGGACAGAGCUCAAGUUCUCCUCCUCUGUGACCUGUGUCAAAGAGCAGUAUUACAGAGUCAUUGUGAACUUUGUCAGAUUAACCUGUGUAAUGUAUGUGUAGGGGAGCAUCUGUCCGAUUCAUCUAUAAGACAUAAAGUUGUACCAUACAAACACAGAACUUCUAGUCCUAGCAUUAACUACCCAAAAUGCCCAAACCACAUCCAGAAACAUUGUGAACUUCACUGUGGGAAUUGUGACAUUCCUGUCUGUUCUACCUGCAUCUCCUCUGAUAAACACCAUGGGCAUAAAUUAACAGAUAUCUUACAGAAUACCAGCUUCAUUAAAGAAAUUUUCAACAAUGAUCUGAAAGAACUAGAAAAAAGAAUAUAUCGUACCUAUGAAGACAUUAGAUCAAAUUUAAACUCUGAAAUGGUCAACUUAGAAAAACAUUAUGAGAAACUGACAACAGAAAAUGAAAUCAAAAAGAUUACAUCUGAUGUAAAACACUGUAUACUUGAUCUGAAGAAAAUACUGGACUCCAAUGAUGUCUCCCUUACCUCUGCAUACAAAUCAAGGAAUGUUGAAUUCAGAAGUUUACCUCCAAAAAUCACUGUAUCAUUUCCAAGUUUCUCUCCUCGUCAGAUCAACACAGAACAACUCCAUCAAAUGUUUUUAGGAACAGAGCAAGCACAGACCUCCAAAACAUCAGAU